AUGGCUCAAUACAUAAACCAACACCAUCACACCAGCUUCCCUGGGCCACCUCCAAGCACCAUGGACAUGCCGUAUCAGCCUAUGUAUCAGACGAUCGACAAUAAUCCAAACGUACAAUCACUCUUUGUGGAACCACAGCCUCAAUCGCAAUUCUACGGGUUUCCUCCACCAACUGGAGGUUCAAUGGACUCGGGCUAUGCUGGCGAAGACAUCAAUCCAUUCGAGGACAAUGUCGCAUGUGCAGACCUCAAGCUGGUCUAUGGCCACCCUAUCAAUCCGUCGCUCCCGAACUUCAAUGCAUACGGCUACAUGACCAACGAUCAACAAUCAAAUGCUCCUGGCCAACAGUUUAUGCCAGUCAACUACACCGCACCCUUCGUUCAUGACUUUGGAUCUACGAACCGGGACGCCAAGAACUCGCAGAGUCCAACGACACCAACACUGAUCAUGGAUGAUGCUGUCAGUGUCAAGAGCGAAGAUGGCUUUUCAGACGCUGCCUCGCCAAUGACCAUGACCCAGUCCGUCAGCCAGCUGACAGGGCAAAACAAGAGACGCCCUAGCACAAUCAGACGAACGGUCACGGAACCGUCGUUGGAGGUCCGCGCCGGCAGCAUGCAGCGCACCUCAGUCAAAGAAGGUCGUGGUCGAAACCGAAAGCGAAUUCCUCACACGGCCGUGGAGCGUCGAUAUCGGGAGAACCUCAACUCACAACUGGAGAAAUUGCGAUAUGCAGUGCCGCACGUACAAGCAGCUCAGCGUCGCCGGGCGAGCGAUAUCAACGACCCGAUGAAGCCGAGCAAGUGUGAGGUGCUUGUAGGCGCACUGGAGUACAUCAAAAAGCUGGAGUCUGAGAACAAGGAGCUCAAGAAGAGGCUAGGAGAAUGA